AUAGAAGGUAGUUGAAUAGUAAAGGCUGUGGUCAAACUGAAUUUAGUGACAUUUAUAAUGAAAUUAUGAAUGUAUGCAUUUCCCCCUCCAGCUUCGGCCUUCUCCGCAAACCAUCGGAGGGGAGGUCAGUAGUAAAGGGAGGGGGCGGAACCCAAAUCGGGGUCUUAUAACACAAACGCCUGAUUUCAGACUAGUUUUAUUUAUUGACAAUUUGACAUCGAUUAAGCGCUAUCAGCUGAGCUGAGCUGACAGAAGAUAACGAAGGUCGCUAAAAUAAUAAUACUUUUAAAACUCGUUUCGCGAUUGUACACGCCUCCCCAAAUGUUUAACCAACUUCGUCAAGUUGCAAGAGCAUUAAAAUCCAUUCCAAAUCAGAGUGCGACCAACUUUCAGCUCUGGAACCAGCCCACUACUUUUUGUCGCAGAUUUCUGUACAGCAUGCGGUUCGUCCAGUUCGAGGAGUCGGGCAAGUGCCGGGUGGGCGUGGAGGUAGAAGCUGGUGGUGAUUUUGUUGAUCUCUGCGGCUCGGAUCAGACGAUACCAGAUACAACCUUGAAACUGAUUGAAGGCGGGCCGAGCCUCAUACAACAGGCACAAAAGGUCGUUGAAUCUCCAGACAGGCGUAUUUUGAAGAGGACCGAUGUGAAACUCUUAUCCCCAAUCACAGGUCCUCAGAAAGUGAUAUGUAUCGGUAUGAACUACAGAGAUCACUGCACAGAACAGAACUACCCAAUACCUACCGAACCGGUCAUCUUCAGCAAGUUUGCCAGUGCCAUCAUAGGUCCCAAUGACGAUGUUGUGUACCCUGAGCUCACCGAUGCGUUAGAUUGGGAAGUGGAGCUGACGAUUGUCAUCGGAAAGGGCGGCAAGAAUAUCAAGGAGAAAGAUGCAAUGGACCAUGUAUUUGGAUACACCGUGGCACAUGACGUAAGCGCUAGAGAUUGGCAGAUGCAGAAGAAUGGGAAGCAAUGGCUUCUUGGUAAAACCAUGGACGAUUUCUGCCCUCUUGGUCCUGCUAUCGUUACAACGGAUGCAAUAUCAGAUCCCCAUAAGUUAGGAAUCCGGUGUCGAGUUAACGGAGAGACGGUGCAGGAGAGUAAUACCGAGCAGAUGAUCUUCAAAACAGCUUCCCUCAUUCAGUUCAUUUCACAGUUUAUCACGUUGGUUCCCGGUGAUAUCAUCUUGACCGGCACACCUCCAGGAGUGGGUGUCUUCAGGAAACCAGAACCUGUCUACCUCAAGCGUGGUGAUAUCGUGGAAUGUGAAAUUGAUGAGAUUGGGACGAUCAGGAAUCGCAUCGUGUGAGGCUUCCAGUUUGAAAAUUGGACCUGCUCCGCAUGCACAGCACUUGGAUCCCUUGUUAAUCAUUGCCAUUGCAAUAUUUGUAAGAGAACAUUUGUACUAUCAAAUUGAUCAUGUGAUCUAUAGGAAAUUGUGCUGGCCACAUUCAAGUUGUGAUUAAAAUUUUGCAUAACUUUGAGAAAAGUUUUAUGAAAGAACCCACUAGAAAGCAGGUGUCAGAAGAGCGCAGGUGUUGAUGCCCCUAGCCUUCAUACCAGGAGCUAAGCUUUAUUUGGGCCAUAUUUGACCCAAUUGUCCACUGCAAAAUCAAGAUAUUUUUAAACUUCUGUAUCUGUAUAUUUUACCUGGUUUGUAUCCACUCAGUCCACUAGUAGAUGGUCUAAAUCUCAGAUCCUCUAACACCACCAUGGCUAUUAAAACCCAAUUGGUCUAAUAUCACUUUGGUCAAUUACCGUUUGGUGCAAUCAUCACUUGGUCUAACAGGCAUUAAAGGACAAGUCUGCCUUAACAAAAAGUUGAUUUGAAUAAAAAGAGAAAAAUCCAACAAGCAUAACACUGAAAAUUUCAUCAAAAUCGGAUGUAAAAUAAGAAAAUUAUGACAUUUUAAAGUUUUGCUUAAUUUCACAAAACAGUUAUAUGCACAUCCUUGUGGGUAUGCAAAUGAGGAGACCGAUGACGUCAUCCACUCACUAACUCUUUUGUAUUUUAUUACAUAAAAUAGGGAAUAUCCUAUUUUUCUCCUCAUUGUCAAGUGAAACAACGAUUAAUUCCUCCCUGAACAUGUUGUAGAUGAGGUUCAAUGACAUUUGCUCCAGGGACAAUCGCUCCAAUGCAAAAUCUGCACGUUAAACCAAACAUAAAAUAUGACUUCCAUAACUAAAACCCUAAUUAUCAUUAUUCUGAACCAAAAACUCUAUUACAAUCCUAACUCUAACCCUAUGCCCUCAGAGAUAAUAAAAACCGGAGCAAAUGUCGCAGGAGCAGAUGUCGUGUCACCGUAGAUGAACUGGGAUUAGACCAUGUUGGAUGAGACUAAAUGGAAAUUAGACGAAGUGGGUGUAGACCAAGUGGGUGUAGACCAUGUGGCAAUUACCAUUUUUAAUGGUGUAACAUCUUAAUAUUGUAACAGUUGUUAUCACAGUAUUUGUAUCGUCAUCUCGCACUCUUCGAGUAUAUGGUCGUGUCUCGUGCUUGAACUUUGUUUUCAUUACAAGGAAAAACUAACAAUUCAGUCUUAAAUGUGAUUACAAUUCCAUUUAAUUGAAUUUAUGUGACAUUGCAACAUCGAAGUAGUGAAUACAGUUUAUCACAGAGCACUUGAGAGGUUUAUAAACAUUAUAACUAUAUAUGUUACUUGCAAAUAAAUAUUAAGUAUUUAGUAUUCUGGAUAACAAAAUAGUGAGUGAACAGAAUAACAUUUUGAAACGGUAGUAAUAAUAAACUAAUACUUAUGAAGCACGUAAUCAGUUAAAACUUUAGAUUUGCUUUACAUACAGCUUUCCAAUUUUACUGCACUACAACCAAAAUAUACAUGUAUUUAGAUUUCUCUUAAUUGAACAUAAUGAUGCUCUUGAAUGUAGAUGUGCCAAGAACUUUAUUCAAAACUUGCCCCCAUAAAAAGCAAUGCUACCCUCUUUUUUGUUACUCUUGCAACAUGUAAAAUUAAAGGAUCUUCAGUUGAGCAAAGUCUCUAAUGUGGCUGGUGUGGUUGAUGUAUACACUCCUAAACAAAUCAAUGCAACCUCGUAAGAAAUUCUUUUGUCAACAAAAGCAACUCCUCCAACAAUGGAGUUCCCCUAUCAUGUUUAGCAUUUAGAUAUAGAUGUCUUGAAUCCACUUCAAAAUUUAUUUUCCUUUUGAAGGAAAUGCUUGAUAAGUUAUGUAGUUUAAGAUAUUUAGACCGUGCAAUGAAAUUGCCUUUACGUGUAAAUGUCAAACCAACAGUCCCAAGUACAAGGACCUAAAGUAUAUUUUGAAAUUAUGUGAAUAAAAUGUGAUCCGGAACAGUGGAAAUAUUUCUUUCCAAAUUUCUUUGUAAUAAAAUUGGUUGAAAAUGCAUUAAUUUGACUUCAA